AACUUCCGUACACAUCCUUCUCUUGCAAUUGUGUUGUGUAAAGCACACUGUUCUCAUCUGUGAGCUAAGGCCAAAUCGGCGACUUGUGCUGAAACCAACCAUCCAUCUUAAAUAAUGGCAACUAAAGACGAACUCGCUUGUGUUUACGCUGCUCUGAUUCUUGCAGAUGACCAAGUUGCUGUUACGGCAGAAAAGAUCAGCACGAUUUUGAAGGCAGCUAAUGUCACCGUUGAACCUUUCUGGCCAACACUGUUUGCACGUGCUUUGGAUGGACUCAACAUCAAGGAUCUUGUGAGCAAUGUGGGCAGUGGUGCUGGAGCUGCACCAGCUGCGGCUGUAGGUGCUGCACCUGCUCCUGCUGCUGGAGGUGCAGCACCAGCUCCUAAGGCUGAAGCCAAGAAAGAGGAAGAGAAAAAGAAAGCAGAGUCUGAAGAAUCUGAUGAGGAUAUGGGUUUUGGUCUGUUUGACUAGGUGUGUCAACAUUCAAGAACUCCAAUUUAUUUCCUACAAUAAAAAUCAUGUGACAUUU